ACGCGCUCCUGUGUGUGUGUGUGCGCGUGUGUUUGUCAGUCACCACACCACCACUGAUCCGCAUCUUAACCAGAUUCUCUCCGGGGCCAGAUUCUAAGCUAACCAGGAGCGACCUGCCGCCUUCAUCCAUGGAGAAGAGGGAGGAGGAGGAGAGCAAGGUCCCGCUGCUGGAGCCCUGCAGCAGGGAGGCGGCGGCGGCGGAGCACGAUGUGAAUGUGAGCGGCGGCGGCCUGGGGCGGCGGCUGUUGGGGGAGAACCGGAGGCUGUGGGCGGUGGCGGGGCCGUCCAUCUGCACGCGCUUCUCCACCUUCGGGAUCGCCGUCAUCAGCCAGGCCUUCAUCGGCCACAUCGGCGCCACCCAGCUCGCCGCCUACGCCCUCGUCUCCACCGUCCUCAUGCGCUUCAGCAACGGCAUACUGCUGGGCAUGGCGAGCGCGCUGGAGACUCUGUGCGGGCAGUCGUACGGGGCGAAGCAGUACCACAUGAUGGGCAUCUCCCUGCAGCGCUCCUGGAUCAUCCUGACCGGCUGCGCCGUGCUCAUGCUCCCCAUCUUCGUCUUCACCGAGCCUCUCCUCGUCUUCAUCGGCCAGGACCCGACCAUCAGCGCCGUCGCCGGGACCAUCUCGCUCUGGUACAUCCCCGUCAUGUUCGCGUGCGUCUUCAGCUUCACGCUCCAGAUGUACCUGCAGGCGCAGAGCAAGAACAUGAUCAUCACCUACCUUGCGUUUGUCUCCCUCGGCGUCCAUCUCUUCCUGUCAUGGCUCUUGACCGUCCGGCUGAACCUUGGACUCGACGGGAUCAUGACCUCCAUGGUCAUCGCCAUGUGGAUUCCUGUGUUUGGGCAGCUCAUCUUCGUCUUCUGCGGUGGCUGCCCUCUCACAUGGACCGGGUUCUCCUCCGUGGCACUCACGGACCUCGUUCCUGUCCUCAGGCUCUCGCUAUCCUCUGGUGUGAUGCUCUGUUUGGAAUUGUGGUACAACACCAUACUGGUGCUCCUAACCGGGUACAUGAGGAAUGCAGAGGUUGCACUUGACGCUCUUUCAAUAUGUCUUAACAUCAACGGUUGGGAGAUGAUGAUUUCUAUUGGCUUUUUGUCUGCAAUAGGAGUGCGCGUUGCAAAUGAGCUCGGAGCUGGAAGUGCAAGAAGGGCCAAGUUCGCCAUCAUAAAUGUCGUCGCCACUUCUUUCUCAAUAGGCCUUGUGUUCUUCAUAUUUUUCCUCUUCUUCCGCGGAAAGCUUUCCUACAUAUUUACCACCAGUGAAGAGGUAGCUGCCGCAGUUGCAAGCCUGUCGCCUCUUCUAGCCUUCUCCAUCUUGUUGAACAGUGUUCAACCAGUGCUAUCAGGUGUUGCUAUCGGUGCGGGUUGGCAGAGUAUAGUUGCCUAUGUUAACAUCACAACAUAUUACUUGAUUGGUAUCCCUGUUGGAGCAAUCCUUGGUUAUGUUUUUGGAUAUCAUGUGAAGGGCGUUUGGGUUGGCAUGCUGCUCGGAACACUGAUCCAAACAAUUGUACUUGUGUUCAUUACAAUUAGGACUGACUGGGAUAAACAGGUAGAGGUUACUCAGGAGAGAUUGAAGAGAUGGUACAUCACGGAUGGGAACAAAGGGAAGCCAGAUUCAAGGGGAAGUCCAUGAGACUAAUAAUCUAGCACAUGUAAUGAAUCGCCAUGAGAUAGAGGAACUUGUAUAUCCGGCUUGAUCAGAGUUUGCAGUUGAAGAAUGAACGGAUGGAGCAAUAGUAGGCGUAGGCGCGUUGAAGGUUGUUCCUCAAGAUCGAGCAGAUGAUGACAGUGAUGCAAGCUCCAUUAGAGAAGGAAAAACAUGUCACUCAAGAAGGGACACUUGAUCUAACCACUGCCUCAGCAUGUAAAAUAUGCCCUGGACUGCUAUGAGCUAGCUGGUGGCACAAGUGUUGUUUGCAUGCUGAAAGAUUUUGGUUGUGAUUAGCAAACAUGGUGUUUGUAUAUGAACUGCA